GCGAAAAUGAAUUUAAUCUGUGGCGCGUGUGUUGUUUUUUAUUUGUGUUGCCAUGAUUUCUAGGUUAUGUACAUAGCUGUUAAAUGUUUGGUCAUUCGAAUGUUCAUUUCUAAUUAUGGAAUGCCUAGAUAAUUUUACCGUGCAAAAUGUCAGAAAUAAAACAACUCGCCAAGAUCGAAGUAAUUUUUAAUAAUCUACGUGAACAUCCAAGUUGUCCACAUGGACCAAUGUUACUCUUCAAACGUGUUGUCGAUGGUGAAGAGAAAAAUUUCUUUGCAUGUUCAGCAUGCCGAGAUCGUAAGGAUUGCAAUUUCUUUCUGCGGGCUGAUGAGAAAGUGACACCAAAUAAGAAGAAUGCUUGGGAUUUGGAGCGAGAAAGAAUUAUUCCUAAAAUUAAUCAUCCUAGACUUUAUAAAAAGUUUGAGAUGUUACUUGAGAAAUCUCCAGAACAGCGGGCUUUCUGUCAUACAUGCAACAGUCUUCUCUUAUCCAGCGAGACUACAAAGAAGCAUGUUGGACAUGAUGUAAUACUUGGUAUUUCAGAACACCUGUUAACACAUCCAACAGAGCUACUUAAACCUUUGGAGAGUGCCAAGAAAGAGGCACAGUAUUUGUUCUCAUCUCAUGCUACCAGGACCAUUGUGAAUAUAGCGCGUGGCUUGGGAGCCAUGAAAGUGUUAUGCUUGGGUGCUCCACGUGUUCAUGAACUGGUGUGUUCGGAGAUGUCAUCAGACCUAGAUAGCUUGCUGCUGGAUAUAGACUCUAGAUUUCAUCAGUUCAACCCCCCUUCACGCUUCUGUUGGUUCAACUUAUUCAAUAAUUAUUUUUUUUCUCAAGAAAAGGGCGCACUUGUUUUAACUGAAUUCCUGCAGCAUGAUAAUGGGCGUGGCAUUGUGGUAGUGAUGGAUCCUCCAUUUGGAGGCAGAGUAGAGCCUUUAGCCAAGACUAUUCAAGAAAUCAUGCGACUACACAGAAAACUCUGCCCUGACAUUCACGCAGAUAUGUUAGUUCUGUGGAUUUUCCCAUAUUUUAUGGAACCACAGGUCUUAGCGAGCUGUCCAGAUUUUACCAUGCUGGAUUAUAAAGUGGAUUAUGACAACCAUCCUUUAUUUGCCUCAGGUCCUAAAGGCCGCAAACACGGAUCUCCAGUGCGAAUAUUUACAAAUGCAAAUCCAAAGGAUGUGCCACUCCCUGAAGAAGAAGGCUAUCAAUACUGUGAGAUCUGUCAGCGAUGGGUUAGUCAAGAAAAUCGCCACUGUGCACAGUGCAAUGAAUGCUCUUCCAAGGNUGGACGUACAUAUAUUCAUUGUAAUGAAUGUAUGAGGUGUGUCAAACCAUCGUGGAAGCAUUGUACCACUUGUAACCGCUGCUGUUUGCCAAGUCAUGUGUGUGGAGAGUUUGUUCCAUCACAGUUAUGUUUUAAUUGUGAACAACCUGGACAUAAGAAACGAGAUUGCCCUACCUUCAGCUUUGAUGCUCCUAUUCCCAUCAAGAAGAUUGAGUCUGCUCCACAUUGUAAGAGACAAAAACACACAUGGAAUGACAAUAUUGAUGAAGAUGAGAAGCAAAUAUUUAUAAAUGUGUCAAGUAAGAAACAGAAGGUGGAGAAUGCAAAUAGUAAGAAAUCAAGAGCAAAUAUGAAGAAGAAGAAAAAAAGAAAAUCUAGAAUAAACUUAAGUAUGAGAACAAAGUUGCAACUGUAAUUAGUAUGUCUCUCACCACAGAGUUUCUCAGCCUCUUACAUGGAAAUAUAGUUCAGUAUCUCACAGCAUACCAAUCCUGCAUUCCUGUAUGUUUGUAUUUGUUGUAUCUCUCCUCAUCUUCAUCCACUAGCAUCAUUUCUGUUUUAUAUGGGUCCGUGGAUGAAAAGUCUCCAACCUAUAUUUUCAUGCCACAGUUGUUCCCUUCUAAUACCUGGGUGAACCAUCUUGCUCUUUGCCUCCUGGGGGUAUAUUUCUCUUACGUUUUAAUUCUAAUGUCCUCAUCAGUAUCCUUGUUCUAUCCACUUUUUUUUCCAUUGCCAAACAAUUAUAAUCUUUUCUCUUCUAAUUCUGUUAACAAAUUUCGAAUUGUAAUUCCUUUCCUAAGAUUUCAUUUCUAAUUGUCUUUUUUCCCUGAGUAUUUCUUGAAAAUUAAUAUUUGUGUCUAUGUAUGCAUAAACUGUAUUCAAGUUAAUCUUUAUAUUUUGCUUUUCAUUUAUGUUUUUUUUUUCUGUGAUAGAAUGAUUUAACACAUUAACAGUAAUUUCAGAAUGAAUAAGUGACAAGAGUGGCAGACCUGGAACACUUAGAUUAAAAAUGGCUAUUCUGGAAGAUGAAGUAUAUAACAAAUAUAAGAAAGUAUGAAAAGUAUUGAGGCAACAACAGUUUAAAGCAGAAAACAGCAGCACAGGCCAAUGGGGUGACAGAACAGGGUUGAGCAUUAUUUUAUAUUAUUUAAUGAACUGAAUUUGUAUGAACAUAUUGUAAUUGAGAAUGUCAUAAACACUUGACUUAAUAUGAUGGCACACUGAUUGUGACAACCUCCUGUGUCAUAUGAUUGCAGAAAUAUUGGUGAAACUUCAUGAAGUCCAAAGCAUAUAAUAUUAAGUUUAAAUCCUUGUAUAUAAGAUACAAAACAUUUUUGUAUGUUGUUAUUCACUAUGCACUAUGAAAAAUUCUAAUUUAAGUAAAUUUCAGAUGUACAUGUAAUUGAAAAAUAAAAUUGAUAUUAAAUGAA